ACUCGUGUCUGUCGCGGCCAUUGCUGAUAAGAGCCAGUCGGCCCACAACUCAUGACAUUGUUCAUUGUCCAUUUUGCGCAAGGCAGGAGUUGUCGUGGGUCUCCUGCGAACCUUACCAUCAGUGUAUACUCUGUGUUCACCGACUAUCUCUAGAGCAGAUGACAAGCCAGUGCAGCCAUAAUUGAUGCCGAUUGGAUUCUUUGAGGGAUACCGGCGAUCAGCGAGAAUGAUUGUGGCACGAUGGGCGAAUGCUUACACGACCCUGAUUUUGGUGUUACUGACGUUGAUUACAGCCGUUGCAAAUGCUUCAGUAGAGGAAGUCGAUGCUAAACAAAUCAUAAUCUUGCCUAAAACGCUGAAGCCUAUCCAUUACAAUGUUUGGCUGCAGCCCUUCAUCAACGGCAACUUCAGCAUUGAAGGAAAAGUGGCCAUUGACUUUGAGGUUCUUCAGCCAACUUACUACGUAAUCCUUCACAUGACCGAUAUCAUAACGAAGAAUGAGUCUUCAAGGGUUCUUGAAAAGGAUAGUGGACAUGAAGUCUCGAUCAUUCAGCAGCGUUAUGAACCCUUAAGAAACCUUUACAUCGCAACCCUUCAGGAGCAACUGGAAGUUGGGAGGCUGUACACAUUCUCUCUCAAGUUUGUUGGGACUUUAGGGGAACAAGCGAGAGGCUUCUACAGAUCUUCUUAUAGAAAGGAAAAUGGAGAGACGAGCUGGGUUGCUUCUACGCAGUUCCAGUCUACAGACGCCCGUCGAGCAUUCCCUUGCUUUGAUGAACCAGGGCUUAAAGCCACGUUCAAAAUCUACUUGGCUAGAGAAAAUCACAUGAAUGCUCUUUCCAAUAUGCCCAUGAUCAGAUCUACCCCGAUAGAAGAUCAGCCUGGUUGGGUAUGGGAUGAAUUUCAGAAGUCAGUUCCUAUGUCAACAUACCUGGUGGCUUUUGCUGUGUCAGACUUUCCUUCCGUAGUUCUUACUGCUCCUGGCAGUCCAACAACUAUUAGAGCUGUGACAAGAGAGGCAGUCAUAAGGGAUACUCAUCUCGCAGGAGAAGUGAGCAGGAGGGCAUUAAGUUUCUUUGAGCAAUUUUUCCAACUCAGAUUCCCGCUCCCCAAAAUCGAUAUGAUAGCACUGCCUGAAAACUCAUUCGCCGCUAUGGAGAACUGGGGACUGAUGACUUACAGGGAGAAUGGCCUCCUGCACGACCCUGAAAAAGCGUCAGCAGAGGAUAAACAAUGGGUCUCCUAUCUAAUUUCUCACGAGCUCGCCCAUCAGUGGUUUGGUAAUCUCGUCACUCUGAAGUGGUGGACUGAUCUUUGGCUAAAUGAAGGAUUUGCAACAUAUAUGGGGGACAUGGCAGUUGAUCAUAUUGAGCCAGCUUGGGGCAUAAUGGACCAGUUCGUCGUGAGACGCCUACAGGAGGUGUUUGCAUUAGAUGCCCUGGAAUCUUCUCAUCCCAUCAGUGUUCCUGUUAUUGAUCCCAUUGAAAUCAUCGAGAUAUUUGAUUCAAUAUCAUAUCUUAAAGGCGCCUCGAUAAUACGAAUGAUGAGCUACUUCCUGACAGAAGAAACCUUCCGAAAUGGACUCAAGAAUUACCUCACAACUCUGAAAUAUAAGAAUGCAGAUCAAGAUGAUCUCUGGGAGUUCCUGACCAAUGCUGCUCAUGAGGAAGGUACUUUGCCUCUGGACUUGACUGUGAAAACCAUCAUGGAUACCUGGACACUGCAGAAAGGAUUCCCUCUCGUUACUGUUGUACGAAACGGCAACAAUUCUGCCAAGAUAACCCAGGAACAGUUCUACCUUGACAAGCAGACUUUGCACGAACACCGUCAAAGGUGGUGGAUCCCGGCGACAUAUACCUCCCAAGAAAACCUCUCCUUUGAAGAUACCCGGGUCAAAUUUUGGAUUCAUGAAAAGGAAACCUACCCUGAAUUUGUCUUUCCUGAGUCUCAUCACUGGGUAAUUUUCAAUGUCAAACAGUCAGGAUAUUACCGAGUCAACUAUGAUUUGGAGAACUGGAAUCUCUUAAUGCAACAGCUGAGGACAAAUCACGAGGUCAUUCAUGUUACAAACAGAGCCCAGAUUAUCGAUGAUGCUCUUAACUUGGCUAGAGCAGGAUAUCUUCCCUACGAUACUGCCCUUGGAUUGACGUCCUAUUUAAGCAAGGAAAGAAGCUACGUCGUCUGGAAAGCAGCUCUUCAUAACUUCCAAUAUCUUUAUGAUAUGUUUCAGCACGAUCCUGCUUAUGGAGCUUUUAGGGAAUACAUGAUGUCUGUCAUAUCACCAAUCUACGAAUAUGCGGGUUUCAAGGAACAACCCAGAGAUGACCUACAAAAACAAUUACUCAGUGGGGAGGCGGUGCGCUGGGCUUGCAAGCUGCGCCAUCCUGAUUGCAUCUACAGAUCCACGAAGCUCUUCCGGCAAUGGAUGUACGACCAAUCUACAUACAGGCGUCCGCCGAGCAGCAUCGCAGAAGCUGCAUUCUGUACGGCAGUUCGUGAAGGGGAAAUAGAAGAAUGGCAGUUUGCUUGGUCGAAGGAUUUGGAUAACGCCCUUGCAUGCUCAGAGAGCAUUUGGAUCCUUGCCAGGUACCUGAGAGGAGCCUUCAACGAAAGUUCAGGUUUGAGACGUCAGGACGCCGCGAUCGUAUUCAGCCAGAUAGCGCGGGGGAGCGUUGGGAGCAUUGUCUCCUGGGAGUACAUGAGAUCGAACUGGAAUCAGAUUGCAGACUACAUCGGAACAGCAUUCUUUGGCUUGCCCAGAGUUGUAGCAGCUGUUACCAGGAGAUUCAAAACACAGCAGAGGCUAAAGGAGUUGAUGCAGUUCCAACAAGACUACGCCGAAAACCUCUUGACAGCCAACCGGGCCGUUGAGCAGGCCAUUGAAACAACGAAAGUGAACAUCGCCUGGAUGGAAGACAAUUACGAGGGUAUUGUCCACUGGUUGAGAGAACAAGGCUUCUCUUCUGACCUGUCUCAUUAGAAAUAAAAGGGAGAGCUAACUUCAAUUUCGAGGUCAGAUACCAGUAUCUGGAAAGGAAAAGCUCCAUACCGGACCGAUUUGAAACAGCAACUAAAGUUUAUAAUUGUAAGUUCUAAACAAAAACUCGUGGUGGGUUGUACUUGAUACUGAUAAGCACAUUUAAAAUGUAAUGCAGAGAUGCACUCUAUUAAAAAAAGUGAUAAAACAUUCUGUGUGUAGUUUAGUGAACUCCAGGAAAAGUUGCACCUUGUAAAAUUAAGAACAUAAACUUGAUAAUUAUGUUGAAGUUACCAUAUGUUUUUACCUUUUGACUGGUGAAGAGGGAAACUGUUACAACAGAAAACCUUCUAUAGUGUUGUCAGGUAUCCUUUG